AUGCCCUCCCGCGCCGCGCGCAGACUAUUUACCUACAUCGUGCUGCCCACCGCAGCGGCAAGCUACGGCAUCCACCGGGGCCUAAGCCACCUCGAAGCAACAUACCCGGAGCUCCCCGUAGACAAAACCACCAGCGUAGCACUGCGCACACCCAGCAACCCAGAGAAGCAGCGAUGCGCAUAUAUCGACGUCUACUCGGCGCGCAUCCCCCUCGCAGCUCUUCAGGCGCGAACACGCGGCAAUGAGACCAGCAAAAAGAUCGCGCUGGAAGAUGCCUGGGCGCGGUCUGUUCUAGGAAGCAAACCGCUGCGCAGUGAGGCUUCGGUGGUUGGACUUAUGCGGCAUGGUCGGUAUUCUCCAGGGGAUAUAGGGGACUCGGAGAGCGGGUUCUCAGCUGAGGGCAAUGGGAGUACGCCUACACCGCGGGCAUUGCUGAAUGGGGUUGUAACGGUGCAGCGCGCACCAGAGCCGAGGAACGCAGACAGCAAUGGACUGCUCAUUGCGUGGUUCAUGCCCCCUGAACCGCGGGAAUUUUUCGAGUCCAUUGCGCGUUGGGGGUAUCCGUGGCGACUGAUGUCCGGGGGACGGCAUGAGCUGAGCGUGUCCGAGCCCUUUGAUGUGCCGGAGCAAAGGGACACAAUGGUUGAGGUGCGCUUUUCGACGGCGCAUGACUAUGAGGUUGUUUUGGAGGAGGGGGAGUACCAGAAGGUCAUCCCGCAGUGGGUUAUGCGCUUGCACCGGGGGUGGGCGAGGCUCAUUCUGGAUAUGGCUGCGCGGGAGGUGCGGCGAGGCGUUGAGAAUUGA